AUGCCGGACUCGAAACGAGAUGACUCAGUCUCGCCAAUGGCAGGAAGCCCUCGCGCAGCAUCGCCAGCCAUCACGAGCCAUCCAGACUCACUCGCUCCUCCAGCUCCUCCACCGAAAGAUGGCCCUCCGGCUCCUCCUCCGAAGGACCUUCUGACGCCAAAACAUACCCACACCCAGAUCGACUCCACGGUGGAAGCACGAGACUACAUCAAUGGAGGGGCUCCUCACGACAGUGUGUCGCCCGUUCACGACGGCAAGCGGCCGCCACUUCCAACCCUCAACUCCACAGACAGCGUACGCCAGACUCCAGGCGGUCUGCCAGUGAUGCCCGAAGACAACACAUACUCUCCUGAGCCAGCUUCACCGACCGAUCGCCGAAGCGUGCAGUUUGCCAGGACGGACCAGGUUUUGGAGGCCCCAGCCAGCCAUUCGCGGCAGCCAUCAUGGGAGGACGGCGGAAAGUUCAUUGGCUCAGCCUUCAUUUCCAAACUGAAGCAGCUCACUGGCUCUGGUAGCAUGCAGACACUCAAGACGAGCAGCUCGGGCAACCUGAACGACAGCGGCACGCCGCCGUCCAUGGGUAGUUCGCCCACUACCGGCCAGUUUAAGUCUAGAAUACCUCAUACACUGGAGGAAGACGGCGGCAGCGAUGCGGACGCAGAUGUCGAGGAGACGGCUGACGAGGGAGCCACAUCGGAUGCUGUCAAACCGAAAAAGAAGAGGAGAAUGCGUCGUUCGAAGAAGCAACAGAUGUCUGUCCCCAGCACCCCGAAUUUACGGCAUCUACCCGGCCCAGACUCACCUGUCGGUUAUGGUCGGAUGGGUUUGCGAAGGCGCUUGAGUAUGCCAGAUCAUUCCGAGCAGCCGCACGGCAUGUCGGAAGGUGAAGGACGAGACCAGCUUGUGGGACCCUCAUGGAUGCGAUCUCACAAAGCCAACGGGGACGGCACAGAAAGCCCUGGAGGGAGAAGAAUGGGCCACGUCCGUCGCAUAACUGUUCUCGGAGGAGGCGGGGUAUCAGACGGCGACGCCAUCACACCCAAAAGACCGUUCUUUGGUAGCGAACGAGCAUCGACUUGGAAAUACGUCAAGAACACCUUGAAGCUCCUUAGGCAGAAGAAAGAGGAUCGUUUCGAUUUCGCAAAGUCAGCCGAGCUUAUGGCAGAGCUACGAGCUGGAGCGCCCGCCGUUCUCAUGUUGGCUAGCAUGAUCCAAAGGGACGAGCAUGGCAACAAGAGAAUCCCGGUCCUCCUGGAACAAGUACGCUUGUGUAUCACCGAUAGUCAGCCCGAGUCCGACGACGACAGCGAGCGGCACUGGGUUUUCACAAUGGACCUCGAAUACGGCAGCGGCCCAAGCCGAAUGAAAUGGACCGUGAUCAGGACCCUGAAAGACAUUUACAACCUCCACGUGCGGUACAAGCUUGCGAUGAGCAACGAUAAGUACUUGCAUGGGCGCGCCGAUGUAGGAGCCCGACCAAAAAUGCCCAAAUUUCCCUGGGGCGCCUUCCCAUAUCUUCGCAGGGCCCGCAAUAAGGAUGACAGCGAGGACGAAGAUGAUGCAAGUAUUCGGGGCGAUGAUCUGGGAGAGGUCACCGCCGGCGAAGGUACUGCUGCUGAGGUCACCGCCGGAGAGGGAACAGCAAGCGAAUGGGAAGGCGGUCGAGCUGGCCCUGGUGUUAAGAAGAAGUCCCGUCUCGGCAUGCUCGGGAUGCGUAGGAAGUCAACCGGGUUUACUGAGCCCGGAGACUCAGGUGGGGAGAAUCAAGCCGACCUGGUCCAGUCUCGAAAACGGUACUUUGAGCGUCAAAGAAGGGUGCUUGAGAAGUAUCUCCAGGAUAUGAUUCGGUGGUUGAUGUUCCGUGCAGACAGUAACCGUCUUUGCAAGUUCUUGGAGCUGUCUGCGCUGGGAGUGCGUCUGGCUGCUGAAGGCAGCUAUCACGGCAAAGAGUGCUACUUGCAUAUCCAAUCCUCCAAAGGCAUGGAUUUCCGUCGAGUCUUGACACCAAAGAAGGUCAUUGCUCGCCACAGUCGCAAGUGGUUCCUUGUGCGUUCUAGCUACAUCGUCUGUGUCGAAUCACCUGAGAAGAUGAGCGUCUACGAUGUAUACCUUGUGGACUCCAAGUUUCGCAUUGUUUCCAAGAAAAGCACAUUGAAACAGUUGUCCAAGGGCAAGACCAAGGCCGAGGAGAAGGAGAUCGACCUGGCAGAAGAGGCCGAUGUCGAGAAGCACCACACAUUAACACUUCACACAGCUGAGCGGAAAGUCAAGUUGUUUUCAAGAAACCAACACAUCAUGAAGCAGUUCGAAGACUCAAUAGCGGAGAUGCUCAAGCAAACCAAGUGGUAUGACAUGAACCGUUUCGACAGCUUCGCGCCUGUCCGGAACGGCGUCUUUGCGCAAUGGCUAGUGGACGGCAGAGACUACAUGUGGAACGUAUCUCGUGCGAUCAGCAUGGCCCGAGACGUGAUUUAUAUUCAUGAUUGGUGGCUCAGUCCUGAACUUUACAUGCGCCGACCUGCAGCUAUCAGCCAGAAGUGGCGGUUGGACCGUCUUCUGCAGAGAAAGGCUCGAGAAGGUGUCAAGAUCUUCAUCAUCGUCUACCGCAAUGUCGAGGCUGCUAUUCCGAUCGACUCUGAGUAUACCAAGUACUCCCUUUUGAACCUCCAUCCGAACAUCUUUGUCCAGCGAUCUCCCAAUCAGUUCAAGAAGAACCAGUUCUUCUUCGCCCAUCACGAGAAAGUUUGUAUUGUCGACCAUGAUGUAGCGUUUGUCGGUGGCAUCGACUUAUGCUUCGGCCGUUGGGACUGCCCACAGCACCCGCUCACAGACGACAAGCCGACAGGCUUCGAGCACAGCGAGCAGCCAAAGGAUGCCGAACAUUGCCAGCUUUUCCCUGGAAAGGACUACUCGAAUCCCCGUGUCCAGGAUUUCUUCAAACUCGAUGAGCCGUACGAAGAGAUGUACGACAGAAGCAAGGUUCCCAGAAUGCCGUGGCACGACAUUGCUAUGCAGGUCGUUGGCCAACCGGCCCGAGAUUUGACAAGACAUUUCGUUCAACGAUGGAACUACGUCAAGAGAGGCAGGAAGACAACUCGUCCUUUGCCAUUCUUGCUGCCACCUCCUGACGUGAAAAUGCACGAGCUCGACGCCCUGGGGCUGACGGGUACCUGCGAAGUCCAGAUUUUAAGGUCUUCCGCCAACUGGUCUCUGGGAAUCGAGCACGUGGAGUGCAGUAUUCAAAAUGCCUACGUCAAGAUGAUUGAAGAGUCUGAUCAUUUUGUUUACAUUGAGAACCAAUUCUUCAUCACGAGCACCGAGGCGUUCAACACGAAGAUUGUCAAUCGUAUUGGCGAUGCGCUCGUCGAGCGCAUUAUUCAAGCUCACGAGAAUGACGAGGACUGGAAGGCGUGCAUCGUCAUUCCUCUCAUGCCCGGCUUCCAAAACACUGUCGAUGAACAGGAAGGUACCAGUGUUCGACUGAUUCUGCAAUGCCAAUACCGCAGCAUCUGUCGCGGCGAGGGCUCCAUCUUUGAACGCCUUCGUGCUGCUGGCAUUGAACCUGAAGAGUAUAUUCAGUUCUACAGUCUGCGACAGUGGGGCAGGAUUGGCCCGAGGAAUGCUUUGGUCACCGAGCAGCUUUACAUUCAUGCCAAAUGCAUCGUUGUAGAUGACCGUGUUGCGCUCAUUGGUUCCGCCAACAUCAACGAGCGAUCCAUGCUUGGUAGUCGUGACUCUGAGCUUGCUGCUGUUGUCCGCGACACUGAUAUGAUCUGGUCAACAAUGGCUGGCAGACCUUACCAAGUUGGCCGAUUCGCGCAUACCUUGCGACUCCGCCUGAUGAGAGAGCAUCUCGGCUUAGAUGUGGACGAGAUUUUGGAGGAGGAGAGACAGGCCGAAAUGGACCGUCAGGCCGAGUACGAGGCGGAGAUGGACCAAAUCUACGACGAAGAGGCAGAUUCCCCUCCUGUGGCAGGGCCGAGUGCACCGCAGUCGGCUAAUACACCGUCCAAACCAGCAAUGGUAGGACAGGCUGCAAGCUUUAAUCAUGAUGCCGCAGACGCGGAAGCUGCAGCUGACGAGGCGUCGUCAGUGUCCUCCUCAGACAAGGGCAAAGACCGUGACGACCGUGUAACCGGCAACGAAGCACACGACAUGGAAGUCGCCGGCUUUGGCAAAGACCAUUGGAAGGAAGCAGCCAAACUUGGGCUUGACCGAGGACGAGACUCUGUCAUUGUCAAUGGCCGUGAGGUUCUUGUCAACAACGUGAACUCUGAAGGAAAAGGCACUUUACAAUCGCCGGUGCAGCCUCACGAGCGUAAGCCGCCGGCUGACCACUACACGGAAGAGGAGGGCGGAGUCAGUAACGAUGCUCUGCCGCCGAUACCAGCUCUCAAUAGGCGGACUACGGACCAGCUUGGCUUGCCUCGCACGGCUGGGCUUCCAACACUGCCUGCUGUGGAUGAUACCGACAUUGGCGGACCUCCUGUUCACUUGGACCAGAGCGGCCAGCCGACCAAUGGACCGCUGCAUCCUCUGGCUGCUGACAUUAGGCCCGCGCAUAUUGACAAGGACUGCAUGCGUGACCCGGUCAACUCGACAUUCUUUGACGACAUCUGGAACAGAGUCGCUGAGAAUAACACGAAACUGUACCGCCGCGUAUUUAGAUGCAUGCCCGAUUCAGAAGUACUCACCUGGCCCGAUUACCGAGAGGCUGUGUCUUACACGGAGAGGUUCAGACAGAGCAUGGAAGGCCAGACCAAGGGCGAUGAUGCAGAAAACAACUUGAACCGCCACCAUUCGCCUGUCAGCGGAGGGGGCGUCGGCGUGGGCGCGCCAGGUCCUGGUGCAAUUGCGAAUGCUGUGGCCGAGAAGACGGAAGAGAAGCUGCACCUCAAAACCAAUCACUCGAACCACCCACGAAUUGUCAUUCCCGCAGAUGACGACCAUGAACUCACCGAGAAGAGCGAGCAUCCGGGCUCGCGGGGUGGGCUCAACCUUAACACAGACGUUGAAAAGGCAGCAUCAUCGAAACGUCCACAGGAUGACCCAUCGCCCAUUCUUCCUGCUGGAGAUGUUCCAUUCCCGGCCUUUGAGCCAGCCCCUACCGCCGACGCCAACAUGCUGGAACCAGCACGAGAGAAGAGUAGGGAGAGAAGAACGACAUUCUCUCCUCUAGAGAAGCCGCCUUCGAGGGACGUGAGCUUUCCAGCCCAACAAGCCCAAGGAUCGGUUAGACGCCGCCGACGGGCCACUACUAGGGGCAGCCGGCGCGGCAUGCCGCCUGAAGAGGUUCUCGGGCGGGCUGAAGCAGAGGAAUUGCUCAGCCUGAUUCAGGGACAUGUCGUCAACUUCCCAUACGAUUGGCUUCUGACCGAAGAACUAAAUGGCAAUUGGGGAUUCCAGGUGGACGGUGUCGCGCCACUUCAGAUCUAG